UGCUAGGCUCUAUAAAUAGGAAUCUUGCUUGUAUGCUUCAUACAUCUUAAUCUUAACCUUUUUGUCCUUGGGAAAAAGCCAUAUCCCUUCCUCAACUUAGGAGAAAUCAAUGGGUGAAGGUGUGCAGUAUAAUGGUAAAAUUACGAAGUUUGUGGUGCUGUCUUGUAUUAUUGCAGCACUUGGAGGACAAAUCUUUGGUUAUGGUUCCAGCGUCACAGGUGGAGUGACCUCCAUGGAAUCAUUUUUGAAGCAGUUCUUUCCUGGGAUUUACAGAAAGAUGAAUGAGGAAAAACAGACAACAAGCAACUACUGCAAAUUCGACAGCCAAGUGCUAACGUUUUUUAACUCCGGAUUCUUAGUAUCUGGACUCAUUGCUACUUUCUUUGCUUCGCCAGUGACGAGGGCCUUGGGACGCAAGGCGUCGAUCUUUAUAGGUGGAGUUGCAUUUUUCGUGGGUUCUGUCCUUGGAGGUGCAGCAAACAACGUCUACAUGCUAAUAUUUAGUCGUCUUCUGCUUGGAAUAGGGUUUGGUUUCACCAACCAGUCAGUCCCAUUAUAUCUAUCAGAAAUGGCGCCACCCCAAUUUAGAGGGGCUUUCAACUUUGGUUUCCAAUUGUGUGUGGCCAAUGGAGGUCUAUUGUCCUCCCUCGUCAACUACGGCACACAAAAGAUCAAAGGCGGCUGGGGAUGGCGAAUUUCCCUAGCAUUAACUGCGGUUCCCGCCUUAAUUCUAACAAUAUCGGCACCAUUCCUUCCAGAGACACCUAAUAGUCUUGUUCAACGAGGUAGUCAAGAAAGAUCCAAAAAAAUGCUGCAGAAAAUCCGAGGCACUAAUGACGUCCAAGCAGAAUUUGACGAUCUAAUUGCAGCAAGUAAUGCUUCUGCAACCAUUAGACACCCUUUCAAGAAAAUUCUUCAGAGGAAAUAUAGGCCUCAACUAGUGAUGUCAAUAGCAAUUCCAUUCUUCCAACAAGUAACCGGCAUCAACCUAGUAGCAUUCUAUGCUCCAAUGCUAUUCCUAACAAUUGGUUCUGGAGUUAGUGCAUCUCUUAUGGCUUCGGUGUUCAUUGGAAUAUCUGGGAACCUCUCAACUUUCUGUUCGUUGUUCGUAGUCGAUAAGCUAGGCAGAAAGGCCUUAUUCCGCAUAGGCGGAAUUAUGAUGUUUGUCCCACUGAUCAUAAUAGGAGGAAUUAUGGCAGCAAAAUUAGGGGAUCAAGGUGGAUUGAGUCAAGCCUACGGCAUUUCAAUUCUCAUCUUUGUGUGCAUAUAUACUGCUGGUUUUGCGUUGUCAUGGGGUCCAUUGGCAUGGUUAGUUACCAGUGAAAUUUUUCCACUUGAAAUAAGGUCAGCUGCGCAAAGUAUAAAUGUGGCAGUAAGUUUUCUCUGCACUUUUAUUAUUGCUCAGUUAUUCUUGGCAAUGCUCUGCCAUCUCAAGGCUGCACUUUUCUUCUUUUUCGCAACGUGGCUGGUGGUGAUGACGGGCUUCGUCUAUAUUUUUCUGCCGGAGACUAAGGAUGUGCCGAUUGAAAAAAUGGAUCAAAUCUGGAGGGCGCAUUGGUUCUGGAAAAGAUUUGUUUGUGAUGGUGAAGAAUAUGAAGGGAACAGUAAGCCUGAAGGGCCUUGAUUUAAAGUUACUUCAUUCAUAAACUUUGUUAUCUUGUCAGUAUGAUUAAGGGGCUUUGAUUUGCUCUAUUAGUAGGACAUAAGUUCCACUAGUAGGUUUCGCUUCCUUUCAAUAAGAUUGGGGUAUGUACGUACCUUCAUUAGUUUUAUCCGAAGUAUAUUCGUUAACUACACAUUCGGUGAAAUUAUAUAUAAAAGUUUUCUAUGUUAACACCUUC